GCCCAUAAACAUGGCGGCGCCCUGCUCAGCUUCUCCUCGCGGGGAUCCGCGGGCCAGGCGGGCCUUGCCAGUACUCGGGGACUUCCUCCGCUGGCCGGCUUCCUGCACCGCUGGCAUUUAAACCGGUGCCUGGGGCUGCGGGUUGCCCUGCGGAUGCUGAGCUGUCAGAGGGCUGAGCAAACCGCCGCCUCUCCAGAGCUUCCCGGCAGAAGCAAAGCCCAAGCAUCCCUGGGUGCACCCGGGGCGCCGCGGGGGAGAGCAGGCGAGAGAUCGGGAGCGCAGGCAUCCGACCCCGGCAUCUGGCAGUUUGAUUGCAGGUUUGACUUUCAUUUCCGACAUCGCGAUCCUCCUGUCCGGCUCAGAUAUUUUUUCUCUCUCCGGCCUGGGUUCCUGGAUGAGGCAGCUGCUGGACUUGGUCCCAGACGCAGGGGAAGAGCGCGUUCCCGGCCCCACGCCGGCGCCCCAGGGACUCGCGAGCCGCGCGCCCAGGUCAUGGUGCGUCUGAGCCCUGCGCUCCUGUAAGGCGGCGGCGCCACCCCGAGCCCAGCGGGCCCGCCCUGCAGGGCACCUUCCCCCCCGGAACCGAGGGCGCUCGGACGCGGGGCUGUGCGCCCUCCUGCUUGGGCAGCGCGCGGGGGACCAGCGGCGGCCGCGAUGUUCAGCUGGCUGGGUUCCGAUGACCGCCGGAGGAAGGACCCCGAGGUCUUCCAGACAGUGAGCGACGGGCUCAAGAAACUCUACAAGACCAAGCUGCUGCCCCUGGAAGAGCAUUACCGCUUCCAUGAGUUUCACUCGCCUGCCCUGGAGGAUGCAGAUUUCGACAACAAGCCCAUGGUCCUGCUGGUGGGCCAGUACUCCACUGGGAAGACCACCUUCAUCAGGUACCUGCUGGAACAGGACUUCCCCGGCAUGAGGAUCGGGCCCGAGCCCACCACUGACUCCUUCAUCGCGGUGAUGCAGGGAGAGGUGGAGGGGAUCGUCCCAGGGAACGCCCUGGUGGUGGACCCUAAGAAACCCUUCCGGAAACUGAACGCCUUUGGCAAUGCCUUCUUGAACAGGUUCGUGUGUGCCCAGCUGCCCAACCCCGUGCUGGAGAGCAUCAGCGUCAUCGACACGCCGGGCAUCCUCUCUGGGGAGAAGCAGAGGAUCAGCCGAGGGUAUGACUUUGCGGCUGUCCUCGAGUGGUUCGCCGAGCGGGUAGACCGCAUCAUCUUGCUCUUUGACGCCCACAAACUAGACAUCUCUGACGAGUUCUCGGAAGUCAUCAAGGCCCUCAAGAACCAUGAGGACAAGAUGCGGGUGGUGCUGAAUAAGGCUGACCAGAUAGAGACGCAGCAGCUGAUGCGGGUGUAUGGGGCCCUCAUGUGGUCCCUGGGGAAGAUCGUGAACACCCCAGAGGUGAUCCGAGUCUAUAUUGGCUCCUUCUGGUCUCACCCCCUCCUCAUCCCUGACAACCGGAAGCUCUUUGAGGCUGAGGAGCAGGACCUGUUCAGAGACAUCCAGAGCCUGCCCCGGAAUGCUGCCCUGCGCAAGCUCAAUGACCUCAUCAAGAGAGCCAGACUGGCCAAGGUCCAUGCCUACAUCAUCAGUUCUCUGAAGAAGGAGAUGCCCUCAGUUUUCGGAAAGGACAACAAGAAGAAGGAGCUGGUGAACAACCUGGCUGAGAUUUAUGGCCGGAUUGAGCGGGAGCACCAGAUCUCACCUGGGGACUUUCCCAACCUGAAGAGGAUGCAGGACCAGCUGCAGGCCCAGGACUUCAGCAAAUUCCAGCCACUGAAAAGCAAGCUGCUGGAGGUGGUGGACGACAUGCUGGCCCAUGACAUCGCCCAGCUCAUGGUGCUGGUGCGGCAGGAGGAGAUCCAGCGGCCCGUGCAGAUGGUCAAGGGCGGCGCCUUCGAGGGCACCCUUCACGGCCCCUUCGGGCACGGCUACGGGGAGGGGGCCGGGGAGGGGAUCGACGACGCCGAGUGGGUGGUGGCCCGGGACAAGCCCAUGUAUGACGAGAUCUUCUACACCCUCUCGCCAGUGGACGGCAAGAUCACGGGUGCCAAUGCCAAGAAGGAGAUGGUGCGCUCCAAGCUGCCCAACAGCGUGCUGGGCAAGAUAUGGAAGCUGGCCGACAUCGACAAGGACGGCAUGCUGGACGACGAGGAGUUCGCGCUGGCCAAUCACCUCAUCAAGGUCAAGCUGGAGGGACACGAGCUGCCCAAUGAGCUGCCCGCCCACCUCCUGCCCCCAUCCAAGAGGAAAGUGGCCGAGUGAUGGGGGAGCGGGGAGGGGACUCCGAUCAGGCAGGAGGUAGAAGAGUUGGGAGAGGCGGCGAGACACUGGCACACUCACACACACAAACGCAGACUUCAAGAAGUGCACUGCAGAUGAGGGGCAGCGGCCCCCCAGCAUUCCAGGCUGCUGCUUGUUUGGACUUUGCAUUGGUAGAAGCACAGGAGCAUUCCUGGGGGUCCAGGUUCCGAGCCCAGGCCUCCAACCCUGCCCCCUCCCUCGCCAGCUACACGAGACCUUCUUCUCCCUGGGAGGAGGCUGUUCACGAGAUGGCCCGUCCACCCCAGCUCCCCGAGGCUCUGAAUCUGAGCUGAUGGAAAAGCUUUUCACCUAAUAGGCACUUCCCCUGUUUUCUGUGCUUUGGCUACCCAAAGUGAGAUCUGCCCCAGGCCUAGAUGUGAGGGAGGGGGAUGGUGACAGGGAGGGGCCAUCCUGAGCUCCGUGUAGGCCAGCUUAGGCUCUGCCUUCCUGGGCGAACCUGGCUUUGAAUGCAGCUGGUGCCUCAUUUCACAGAAUCCCUGAACCACAGAGAAAGAAUCUUUCUGCAGGAAAGAAAGCAAUGGAAAGCUGUCCUCUCCUCAAAGCCGUCAGGGUGGUUUCCCUGCACAGAUUUUCUGAGAUUCCUGUUUUUCUACCUGGCCUCUGGCAUUAAUGCUCAUCCUCCACGCACAUUUACCAGCCACUCCGGUAUCAACUCACUAUACAGGUCAUCCCACAUGGCCCUCAAGGUCAGCCCCCACGGAAGUGUGCAUGGGCCCCUGUUUUCAGAUAAGCAGAAUGACACCCAGAGGAGUUUAGGGGAGCUUCUCAAUGUCACAGAGGCCACCUGCGAUGGAGAGGAACCUAGGGCCAGGGCCUCAGGUAUACAGGUUCCUAACCUCGCUCAGGGUGGGGCGGGGGUCAACCCUGCCGACCCCCAUGGUCUCCCAGAGCCAGCUGGCCAGGGAAAGGGUGGCCAGCGUUGCAGGGGUCAGGAGUCCAGCCAUCUGUCACAUCACACAAGCAGUCCGGGCCUUCUGGCUCUGGGCCCCGUGCUCCCAAAUCACCGCAGUCCGGCAGCCCAGCGGGAGAGUGGGCCGGCCCGCUGGCCGUUUUCCUGCCGAUCCUUGCCCCACCUCCCACCCAGCAGCUCGACACUCAUCCCAGCUCAGUGUCAGUCCCUGUCGCCCAGAAGCGGGACCUCGUGUUUAUUCUCAGAAGGCCAACUUGAGGGGUGUGAGGUGGGGUUUCCUGCAGCCCCCCCCCGUGACUCUGCAGUGUCCUUGAAGAAACCCUACAUUCAGCACCUGCCCCCUCAGCUUGCUUCAUGGUCCCUGGCCCCGUCACUUUGUAUGCUAUGUCCCAACUGUGAUGGACAACAAAAUCGAGUAUAACUUAUUUUAUAUCUAUGUUCAGAUUAUAGAGAAUAUUCUGUGUAACUCUGAUGUGCUUACUACUGCAGCGUUUGUCAUUAGUAAUCAUGUUAAUACAGCGCAUUUAUCCUUUGGU